AUGGUGAGUUCUCCUGGUGGCUACAGCAAAACAAAAAUAGGAAAAAUAAAUUUGUUCCAGAAGCAUAAGAAUGGCAAAGGAAGUCUUGGCGUGUUUUACAUCAACAAUAAACUUGUAUUGAAUAGGCAACAUCUGAGGCAUGAGGAAAUAAAUGUACUAGCAAGCAGAAUACACACAGCUUUGUGGUGGUGCAACUUUCAUUUGAAAACGGUAAAAGGCGAAAGAUUUAUACGAUCUGAAGAGAAACCAGAGUAUGGCACAACGAUUGAAGCUCUGCUACAGGGACGCAUAGCGACAGUUCAACGGCUGAUGGUGAAUAUCAAACUGAAAUGCCAAACGGAAUCCCAUGAAGGCAGAGUGGACCUUCAACGUUGUCCUGCAAACUAUACUAAUCAAAAGCUUAAUAUUAACUCUAAAAGCCCGAGGUGGGCUUCUGCAGACCUUCUCCUGAUAUCAGCCUUGCUUACAGAAAGUCCGGUUGCUGAAUGCUGCCCACAAAUCUGUACCUGUGAUAGCAUCGAGUAUCGAGUCAUUUGCUCAAAUAAGAAUCUAACUAAAGUGCCUUUUAACAUUCCUCAGAUUACUAAAAAGUUGGUUCUUCAGGAUAAUGAAAUCACAGUGAUUCCUUUAGGAACCUUUCUGUCCAUUCCAUACCUCACUCACUUGAAAUUUCAGAGAUGCAAGAUAAAAAGCAUUGAGGAAGGGGCUUUCAGGGGAUUAGGACAGUUAGUCUAUCUUAAUCUGGCUUCCAACUAUAUAGCCUUCAUCUAUCAAGAAUCCUUAGAUGGAUCUUCCCUCUGUCACCUUAUUUUAGAAAAUAAUCAUAUUGAAGAAAUAAAGCCAGAAGUUUUUGGACAACUUGGAUUCCUUAGUUUAUUGAAUUUGGCCAAGAACUCCCUGGUUUACUUGCCAGAUAUGGUUUUCCAGGGUCUUCAGAUGAUCAGGUGGAUCAAUUUGUCCCAUAAUUCACUUAAUGUGUUUGCCAACAAAGCUUUUGGUGGAUUACCAACACUCAGAAAGCUAAGUCUACAUCAUAAUCAUGAAUUGCAGUUCUUUCCCACUGAGGCACUGUCUAGACUAUCUGGCAUAAACCAACUGGAUUUAGGACUCAAUCCCAUCACUUACAUUGGUGAGGAGGCCAUUGGAAUGGCUUAUCUCAAACAGCUUUACUUGGACAACAUGGCCCUUCAGAGCCCCUUACUCCAUACUCUUGACUUGCACAACAACCAGCUGUUGGUGCUGCAGCCCCUGAGAGAAAUGGUCCAUCUUAAAAAAAUAAACUACAACCCUCUGCUUUGUACUUGUCACAAGUGUCCCCUCAAAGAGUGGGCUGACAAGCCAAAAAUAAACAUUUACAUAGUAUGUGCUGGUCCUCUUGCCUUCAGGGGAGAGCACUUGGAAUCCUUGCAGGCAACAGGUAUGAAAUGUAAACAUCAGACUUUGGAAGGGGAGCUGCCUCCGACAAUGGUCAGCAGAAAACCAGAGGAGGGUGCUAUAAAAUGCCCUAAAGAAUGUACCUGUUCAUUAGAUUACCAGCAUGGAAAGUGUGAUAACAAAGAUCUCUUGAGUAUUCCCAAAGGAUUUUCUAGCAACACUCAACUUCUGGACUUCAAUGAGUUCCAUUCCAUACCAGAUGGUUCCUUCCUUGGCUUAAAAAACCUGACCUCGUUUCACCUGCAGAACUAUAAGAUUAAAGGGCUGCAGCCUGGUGCUUUCCAGGACCUAAAAACACUAAUCUAUCUUUAUCUGUCUAAUAAUGAUAUAUGUUCCAUUGAUGCUGAUGUUUUCAGAGACAUCACCCAACUUGCUUAUCUUCUGGAUCACAACAAAUUCACUCAAAUGCCCAAGGAUGCCUUCAGCUACUUGCCCUUUGCCUUCCACUUGUAACACAAUUCAAUCAGUCAGCUGUCAGAUAAUGCUCUGGCUGGGAUGAAGAAACUACAUGUCUUAACAGGAAAUCAUAUUAUACACCUGUCUCCUAGGGCUGUGAGACAGGCCAAAAUGCUAGAGAAACUGCAUCUAGAUGAGAAUUCUUUGCACGAAAUUCUCACCAAGGCCCUUAGAGGCCUCCCUAUACUCAAUGAACUGAAAUUGUCUAAGAAUCCUAUAAAAUACUUUGGGAAUGGUGUUCCAAUUGCAAGAUCCCUGCAGCACCUGUAUCUGGAUAACAUAGGCCUUGAACAAAUUUCUUCUGGUGCCUUUACUGGCUUGGGUCCAAACAUCAAUAGCCUGAACCUGGAGGAAAACAGAAUACACAAUUUACCUAAUUUACAUUGUUUCACUGCUCUGGAGGUAAUCAACUUGAAUGAUGUCCCUUUCUCCUGUGACUGUUGACUUCUCCCAUUACACAAGGCAUUAAUUCCCAGUAUUCUGCACAGGGUUCUAAAAGAGCAAAUUUGUCCCUUUUCUUAUAGGCUGGAAUAA